CGAAAGAGCUCGGAUACUCGCUAUUCUCCUAAUAAUCCUUAUUUGAAGGGCGGUUCUGAUAGCCGCAACAAUGAUAAUGACUACGGAAAUUAUGGCAGAAGGGAUUCUCGAGGCAAUAAUGAUUACGGUGCACGUAAUAGCGAGUCCGGAGGAUUCGGGCAAAGAAAUUAUCGUGGUGAUAAUACCGAUUAUAGACGUGGUGAUAAUACCGAUUAUAGACGUGGUGAUAAUAACGAUUAUCGACGUGGUGAUAAUAACGAUUAUCGACGAUCUGGACCAAGAAAUAAUCGUGGCGAAAGCAAUGAAUACGGUAGUUCAAGAGGUUAUCGAGGCGGUGCUGGUGACCGUGGAAGAGGUCGUGGGUCAGGUGGAAAUUCACGCAGGCCAGGAAGAUGGCACAGUGAUCAAAAUAGAUCUAAUAAAUCUGCCGAAGAAGGGGGAUUCGGUAGCGGUAAUAGUUGGGCAGAACAGCAAGAGCAAGAAGAAAUGUCGGGUAAAACCCACCUCCCUUGGGAAUCGGAUGCAAAUGCCGAAGACGCUGGACGGAAAUCUAACUCCAAUGAUUGGAAUAAUUCCUCUAACCAACAAGAAAGUGAAAAAG